GCUAUUUGUUCGUGAACUGGAUUGAAUAAAGAGUUGAAGUCCGGGUCUUCUCACAGAGAGACAGAGAGAGAGAGAGAGAGAGAGCAGAAGCUGGUGAACUGGUUGUGAUCUUCAGGUCUUUAUGGUGUUUUGCAUCGCAGCUUUAAGAAGUACUGAAGCAUCAGCUGUCUGAAAUGAAUUGCAGCAGUAGGCUUUGAUUCUUGGAAGUUGUUCACCGAUUUCUGAUAGCCUUACUGGUGAAGCAAUGUAUCUUUGAUCAGUGCCAAGCUCUCAAACUGUCUUUUGGCAUUUAAUUUGGUGUUUUUCGGUUGAACCUGCAGUUAUAGUUUUGUGGUUCAUCCCAACUUGAAGUGGAUUAUAUUGUGCAUCUGCAUUGAGGAUAUAUACAACAUCUGAGUCUGUUGGCACGCCAGAGUAAAUGUCAUUUCGCAGUAUAGUUCGUGAUGUAAGGGAUGGGUUUGGAAGUUUAUCCAGACGGAGUUUUGAGGUGAGACUGCCUGGUCAUCACAGGGGGAAAUCACAUGGUUCAGUCCAUGAGCUGCACGACCCACCUCUGGUAAUCCAGAAUAGCCGUUGGGCUAGCCUACCUCCUGAACUACUACGUGAUGUAAUCAAAAGAUUGGAGGCUAGUGAGAGUACUUGGCCUUCUCGCAAGCAUGUUGUUGCCUGUGCUGCCGUAUGCAGGUCAUGGAGGGAAAUGUGCAAAGAAAUUGUCAGAAGUCCUGAAUUCUCUGGGAAGAUUACUUUCCCAGUCUCCUUGAAGCAGCCAGGAUCUCGGGAUGGAACGAUCCAGUGCUUUAUCAAGAGGGACAAGUCUAAUUUAACUUACCACCUUUUCCUUUGCCUUAGCCCUGCCUUACUUGUUGAAAAUGGGAAAUUUCUUCUUUCUGCCAAACGAACGCGCAGAACUACUUGCACAGAGUAUGUGAUCUCAAUGGAUGCUGAUAACAUAUCAAGAUCAAGCAACACCUACAUUGGGAAAUUGAGGUCUAAUUUUCUAGGCACCAAAUUCAUUAUUUAUGAUACCCAGCCUCCCUACAACAGCGCUCAGCUUUACCCACCUGGCCAAAGCCGUCGGUUUUACUCUAAAAAGGUCUCUCCCAAGGUUCCUACUGGCAGCUACAACAUUGCUCAGGUGACAUAUGAGCUAAAUGUACUUGGCACUAGGGGGCCACGCAGGAUGCACUGCAACAUGCACUCAAUCCCUGCCGCAUCCCUUGAGCCUGGUGGCAUUGUCCCUGGCCAGCCUGAGCUUCUCCAGCGCUCCCUUGAGGACUCAUUCCGGAGCAUAUCCUUCUCAAAAUCAAUUGAUAAUUCAACUGAGUUUAGCAGUGCUCGAUUCUCUGAUAUUGUCGGGUCCCAUUAUGAAGAUGAAGGAAAAGAGAGACCAUUGAUUCUUCGGAACAAGGCACCGAGAUGGCAUGAACAGUUGCAGUGUUGGUGCCUUAACUUCCGUGGAAGGGUAACAGUUGCCUCUGUCAAGAACUUUCAGUUGAUAGCAGCUACACAGUCAGUUGCUGGUGCACCGACACCCUCGCAACCACCGCAGCCAACCCAAUCUGACCAUGACAAGAUCAUCCUUCAGUUUGGUAAAGUUGGCAAGGAUAUGUUUACCAUGGAUUACCGGUAUCCUUUGUCUGCAUUUCAGGCCUUUGCUAUCUGCUUGAGCAGCUUUGACACCAAAUUAGCAUGUGAAUAGAGGAGAGAAACUGUGGCAAGAAAUAGAAAGUGUAGUUGGUAAUUCUUUCUAGGCCUUUCAUAUAGAUUGUGGUUGUUGUAUGAUUGUCACUGUUACAACUCAUGCCAGACUGCAUGUGCGGAACAAGAAAAGUGCACAUCAGACGAGGGCCUCUCUCCCUCUGUUUUUUUUUUCAAUUGUUUUUCUUUUUUCUUUCUAUUUCCUCAAUUCUCUAUCUUUUGUUAAGACUAUUGUUUUAUUAUAUGCUUUGAAAAUAAGAGUCUAGACUUGGUAGCAUCAA